AUGAACGUGUUUGACGGAGAGUUUGUGCUAGCGAUCCCCGACGAAGAUACCUACGACAGCAAUGGCAAGAUCCUGAUGCACGACAGCUUUCCGUUCUCCGGCCCACUAACUGAACUGCUAACAUCUGGAGACAGGUUGGUUAUCGAUGGCAUACUGAAAAGGGGUAGGAGUAUCCGUCAUCGCGGAGCGUCGUUCGUCUAUGUUCCUAACUCGGGCUGCUGGUGUCAUAGCCGUGGGCCCACAUCAACCAAAUAUAUUAACGAUGUCCUCGGAAACGAGAAUGUCUCUGUAGGCUACCACGGUUCUGCGCUGCCCUACCUCAAUAUGCUUGAUCGCUACUCCCUGAACGUCCGACCUAUACCGAAAAGUAUUUGUAUUUCAGUUUAUCGCCUGAACUUCGAGAUUCUGGAGGAGGAGACCAUCUUUAGGACCAGCCACGCAGUAGUGCCCAUGAGGACAGAUGAUUACGGGGCGGUAGAGCUUCUCAUGUCUGCCUUCUGUCUCAUGCCGAUAAACCUGGGGACAGUACCUAAGAAAAUGCCAAACAUCUCGAUGUCAUCUGCAGAGGAAGUACUCAGCGUUACUAUGGAUAGGCGGUCGAUCGACGUCAUAAUGUGGUGCAUAGGAAAUUCCCUGCAGGAUCCUGUCAUGACUCCACGCCUCUUAUUCUUCUACGGGAUCGGUGGUGAAGGGAAAAGCACUACGAUAUCAACGAUAAUCUCCAAUCUUCCAGGUGUGGUGGGGACUCUUACACGGGAUUAUGUUGGCAGAAACGUGGACAAGAUCGAUGAGGCUGAUAUGGAAAAGAUGAUGGAGAAUAGGUUCGUGUCUUACGGCGACGUCUCGAUAGGUUACAAGGGAUACAUCAACGACUCCUUCCUCAAGAUAAUGUCUGGAAACGACUCGGUAUCCACGAAAACGAUGACGGGGAAGCUCCAAUGCGCUGGCCUCUUUGCAAUGAACGCUCCGUGGAAGGCCUACAAGUCCGUCAUGAUGCCCUGGUUCGCGCGUCGUGCCAUCUGCCUCACGAUAGAUAAACCGCCCAAGGGAGCCAAGCCACCAAAGGAAUCGUUUUCGGAGGAGGAGAUACUCACGUUCAUUCACAGGUGCCUGCUAGUGCGCAGCUAUCACAAGUAUGUACCCAUCAAUGCAGCGAUCCUCCUGCGUACUUUAUUCGGCGCAGACUUAUACCAAUACUGCCGCGGAGUUACGAUCGACGAGAACGCGUCUUACAUGAUGAACCUCGUUGCUACCUACUCCGUUUCGAACUGCUGCGGGCUGGGUAUUAAAUCCCUACUACGGCUUACAAGAAGCAUGUGUCCCUCCUUGCUGCGAGGUCCUACCAUCGACCACGUAAUAGACAUCGAGGAAAACCCGUAUGUAAUCGCCGUUCGCGGAAUAGCUGCGAAGCUGACAGAGUACUGA